AUGAAAGGCAAAGCACCUCGAAUCGCCUCGUUAAUAUGGGAGCAAUACAGAGACGAAAUUGUUGCUCUUUACCAGAAAGAAACGCUGGAAAAAACGAUGACCACAAUGGAAGAAAGACAUGGCUUCAAAGCAACGAAAAACCAAUACACCACCAAGAUCAAAGACUGGGGCUUCGAAAAAUACGCUAGCGGUACCAUAUGGAAGAAGGUGGACCAGACAACAAAGAAAAGAAAACUAGAGGGCAAGGACUCUCUUUGGGAAAUUCGUGGAAGGAUAAGAUCACGAUCAUAUAUCGAGAGGGAAAUAUCCCGAAAUGUUACCUAUACCAGUCAAGUACAGCUCCUGGAAGACAUACCUACCCCCGAGGGCAUCCGGGUAUUCACUCCAUGCGCUGAAUCAUCGCCUAUUGUACUUCGACAAGUGUAUACUGGUAACCUUCCAUGGAUUGAAUUCCAAAGGGAUAUCAGAAUGAUGACGAGACAAAUUGGGGGCAAUCAAGUCCCUAAGCUGGGUCCUGGAUAUGAUUUAGUAGAUCAACCCAGCCAUCAUCGCGAGUUUCUACCUGGCAAGAACUCCGCAGCUGCAACUUUUAGAUUUAUAUUUGGACGCACAAAAACCUCAAUAAAUCCACGUCAAAACGAGGAUAUGAUCGAUCUAGACGAAGGGCCAGUCAAUGGUUUACCAAAUUUACGCUUCCGCGGACUAAAUUUUGGGUUAUACCUUCCAUCGAGUGAUGCAGAUGGACUUUCACUAUCCACCUUUGAUUCUAAUAAAACAAUACAUCGAUCAAAUCCGCUGCAUAUUUUUAUAGAAAAAUUUGUCUUUGAGACAAAUAACGACGGGUUAUCUCAGCCCAAUAUUAUGAAAGGGUUGGGAUUUUUACUGCGAACCUUUGAAUCGGCGUUUUUACCGUUUCUUCUUGGCCUGAACUCGGUUCCAAUGAAAAUAUUCUUGAGAAAGGUUUUCUCUUCAAUUGUGAAUUCCGGAAAUACUAGUAUGGCUAAGGCUAUCAUUGAUAGUGGGGUUGCUAUGUCCAAUUACCGAAACUCACAUCGUGUCCGUUUUUAUGCGUCCAGUGAUUGCAUGUCGAUUGCGGUCUCUAAUGCGGAUCAGAAGAUGGUAGAACUUCUGUGCAAAGAAAAGUUCCCUACAAAAAUUAAGGAUUGGAGCUCAAUGAAGUUACCUUGGGAUUUGGGAAAUCUAGAUAUUUUAAGAACACUGCUGGUGUCUGGGGCAGAUCCUGACUGUUUUGUUGAGUACAAACAACCCGGCUUCCCGUUGGUUGAUGCUGCAAGGUCGGGAAACCUUGAAGCUGUCGACAUGCUUUUAACAGCAGGAGCCAACGUCAACUCAUACGUUUCAGGCUACUACGGGACUGCUCUUCAGGCGGCGAUCUGGUCUGAGAACUUGGAAUUAGCCGAGCUUCUUAUUGACCGAGGAGCAGAUAUAAAUCUCCCAAGAACACCAACACUAUUCUCAAAUUCUGGACCGGGCAUGCCAGGGACACAUGUGGGUGUAUGUGUGCCGAAUCCCGAUGAAGAUGCCCCUCUACGUGACUGCUGCCCCCUUCACAGAGCUGUGAAGAAUCAAAACGCAGCUAUCGCUGGUUUUCUACUUUUUAAAGGAGCCAAUAUCAAUUGCAGAGGACAUUGGGUGGGUGGCGAUACUCCCCUCCAAAUGGCGGCUCGACUCAAUUAUCCUGAAAUGGUGGAUUUCCUUCUACUACACGGUGCAGAUGUGAAUGCUGCACCCGCUACCUCAGAUGGCCGCACAGCAAUACAGGCAGCCGCAGAAAGUGGCAGCUUUGAAAUUCUAACGAAUGGACUGACGGUACUGCAAUCUGCUAUAAUGAACAAAAAUCCUUUGAUGGCAGGUAUUUUGUACACUUUUGGUGCCGACAUUGAUGCCCCUCCAGGUCAUUCUGGGGGCAUCACAGCUGUACAGGCAGCGGCAUUGAAUGGGGAUUUUGACCUUCUAAGAAAUUUGAUCGACGGUGGAGCAGAAAUCAACGGCCCAGCGGCAAAAGAAGGCAGAUUUACAGUCAUGGAAGCCGCAGCUCUAUCCGAAGAUAUAUCCAUGCUCAAAUUUCUCGUGAGAAAUGGCGUGGAACUUAACACGUUAUCACCUGGAAAUAAUGCUUCGCGUUGCUUAGCAAUGGCUGCAUUCAACGAGUGGCUAGACGGGGCGAGGUAUCUGCUCAAGAUGGGUGCUGAUCUUGACGGGUACUGGGGGCCCGAAUAUUGGUCUGAGAACUUCAAUGCCUUAGGGUGGUCCAUAUUUCAUCGUAAUAUACCCAUGAUGAAUUUGCUGUUAGAUAGCGGUGUCGAUAUCUACAGUCCCGUCUCGGCCGCUCACGAUUCAAACGGACAAUGCGCACUUUCUAUGGCAGUGGAUAAAAUGCUAAACCCUGAAACGAUAGCCUUACUUUUAUCCAGAUACAAAGACCUAAAAAGGGUGUGUAGGGAAUACGACAUUCUGGUUUAUGCUAUCCAUGACGACAUAGAGGUCCACGGUUCUCAAAAAUUCAAAAUGCUACUAAGCGCUAUUAGUGGUCUACCAAAAGAUGUUUAUGAUGACCAACUUCAGAAAGCAUGGAACGAUCUACCUGCGUUAAGUUGUGAAAGCACAGGCGUAGAUCAACAGUUUAUGGAAACGUUACUAGAUUGCGGUGUUGAUAUCAAUUCUCGGGAUGACGAUAAAGCGACUGCCCUACAUCGAGCUUUGAUUACAGAACGGACUGAUGCAGUCAAAUAUCUGGUUGAAAAGGGUGCCGAAAUAAACAUCCCUGCUGACGGCAAAAUGGGCACCCCACUCCAAGAGGCAAUCUGA